AUGACUCUCCAAGAGGGGUACUACAAAGACCCAACCCGACCGGAGCCGAGACGAACUCAAUGUAAAUGUUGCAACAAGUUUUUUGUCCUUCAAGCCAGGCAAAAAACUGGAAUCAACAUCACAGCCGCCAUACAACGGAUCGGUGAGAGCAUGGCCGAACGCGGAUGUCUGGCACACAUGGAGGCAAAAUUUCUCUUGAAUCGAAUGGAACGAGGAUAUGUUUCAGAGGGCUGCAAAGAGUUUCUCCGACUUUUGGAUCGCUGGUCGCUGAAGAAAUGA